CGCUGAAGCUGGGCAAACUUGAAAAAAUAUAAAAAAGAGGAAAAAAGCGAGAAAAUGGCUGCCUGCUUCUCGAUGGCCGAGUGCGAGUCAGAUGUCUAAUAUUUACUACAAUAUCGUGCGUCCUUAUCAACUGCCCAACGCGAUAUCAGGGUGCUGUUGACAGUUUCGCCUUCGUGCCUGCAGCCACAAUGGAUUCUAGACCCUCUUCUGCUGCGAGAAUGAGACCCCUUGCCUACAUGCCCGUGGUGGAAGUCCAGGGAUACAACGGCCACAACAAGCUCCAGGCGAAGCAAAGAGCGUCCGUACAAUGGCUUCUGUCCAAAUCGUACAGUCAUCAGGUGCCCGAAGAUGUCAGAGAACCAUUCUACCGCGACGUCGAGGAUCAAGAGUAUCUGAAACCAUCUGUCGUGCACGCCCUGGCCAACGCGGAGCUCUACUGCCUGGCAUUGGCGCACAUAUACGCCGAUCCCAAUUACAGCCAGUUGAACCACUGGGGCGUGAUCCAGGCGCUGGCCAGGAAGGGCGUCUACGUGGCCGAGCCGUCCGACGUGGCCCUGACGGAGACAACGCUCAUUCACACAUCGCCACUCCGAAUGAGUGCCCACAUGGCCGUCAUGGAGGGCAUCAUGAACCUGUUUGUCAAGGAAGUCGUGUCGGCCGAAAGGGUGGUGGCCGCCAUUAGGAGAUUCACCGAUUUGGACGCCUCCCAGACGCCUCCGCCGAAGGAAGCCGAACAGGCCCUACUCCUCUGGAUCAACAAAGCCUGCCAGUCGCUCAAAAAACGGUUGACAGCCGAAGCCGAUGGCAAUGGAGAGGACGUUCCGAAUUUCCCGGAACUGCGCGAGUUGGGCGACCUGAGCGACGGCAUGUCGCUGCUCGGCUUGUUGGCCUUUUACGCCCCAGACCUGGUCGACUGGACCCGAAUGGCAACCAACGAGCCAUUCUCCAUGGCCGAUUGCCUCUACAAUCUGGAAAUGGUGCACAAGUUUUGCAGCGAGUCGCUACCCAACAACAUCUUCCACCUGGGGCUCGAAGACAUUGUGUACAUGCACAGUUCGGUCAGGCAAAAUGUGCUGGCCUUUCUGGCCGAUUUGUUCUACAUCCUGGAAGUGCGUCCAGCCAAGUGUGUCCGGCCUCCCGGAUUGAUGCGCGAUCGUUUCCCCGUCAAUGAAGGUGGUAAAAAUAACGUUAUCCGGCGGCAGGGAUCAUUGCAAGAACGCGAUCGAACAAAACGUCAAACCGUCCACGAAGCCAACAGUUCGCAGAUCGGGACGCCCCAACUGAUGGCGGGAUCGCCUCGUAGGCGGAUGGAGAUGGAACACACGCCGACGCACCAGGAUGGCGACGAUUCCUUUGUCGUCCACCGGGGCAAAACCGUCCCGACGCUCUACAACGUCGUGUCGGGCGGCGAAGGUGCGACGCCGAGGGGCUCGCGCGUCGCGGCCAUCAAGGAACGUUUCAACAUGGACACGAAAGCGGAGGAAAGAGGCGAAGAUCGCCCAUCGUCGGCGUCCUCCGGUCCGGCCGGCGUCCCCUCCAAUUGGGAGGAUCGCAAGUCCGGCACGAGCUACGCAGGCCGUCGCUCUCGCCGCAACUCGAUCACGGACGACUCGCAUUUGACGAUCGAGAAUUUCGGCGGCAGUCAGGACAAUUUGUCCAUGUUUGGCCGCAAUCCCGAUAAGGAGCCCGUGACGCUGCAGCAAUCCGGUAGGCGGCCGUCUAUCGAUGCCUGCACGCCCGACUCGAUCCCGCCAGCCGCCGGAACACCCUCGACGCCAUCAGGAGGCAACUAUUGGAGGAGGAACAAUGAUCGCACCCGUUCUCAGGAGAACCUGUCGGACUACUUAAUGGACAACCGUGACGUCGAAGAGCAGCUGGACAGGCGUUCGAGGGCCAGCAGUCCCACUUACAGCAGCAUCAGCAGCACGGCCAAGAGCGGCAGCAACAACGGCAAUAAGCAGCAGUUUGUCAUCAUCGCCUCGAACGCGGCCGAGCCGGCCGACGUCUACGAGGACACGCGCGUCAACUUGGCCCGCGCCACCAAUUUCGCCGAGCUGUCGAAAUUGCGUGAAAGUCUCGGCUCCAAUUCCGCCAUCAACAUCGUCUACAUGCAACAGGAGAAGGAUCCCCUUCAAGGCAAAGGGAGUGGCGUCGGAUCGCCCGUUUCGCAACACGCCAGGCGGGUCAGCGAGAACCAGCGCAAACACGGCGGAGGCAUCACCAUCGCCGAGGCCAUGUCUUCCUCGUCUUGGGAGCCGCAGACGCCCGUCGUCGACAAAGAUCGCCUGGAGAAUUUGACGGCGGACGACAUGAACUCGGCCGCAGAUCUUUACGGCAUUCGACUCAAGAUGGAAGAGAAGCGGAAACGGAUCGAAGCCGAGAAAAGGCAGCAGGAGCUGAUCGCCAACCGACAGAGAGAAAAGGUCGGCAAGGCGGCCUUCCUCCAGGCGGUGGUCAAAGGCAAAGUGGACGGACGGGACGGCCACGCCAGUCCCGUCGAUUAUUACGGCGGCGGCAUGGAAUCGCCUUCGAGGCCUCACCAUCCGGCCGUCGGCCAGCAGCAGCAGCAACCGCCGCUCCACCAUCACGCGCAUCAACUGCCGACGCCCGACUACGAGAUGGCCGACUACGCCGAGUUCAAUCAGCGUCACCAUCUCAAUCAGCCGCCGUUGCAUCACGCGCUGCCUUACGAUCCGUACCGGAUGGGCCAUCCGGCGCAGCAAGCGUCGCCCAUGAACGGCGGUGGGGUGGGAGGGGGUAUGGUGGCCAUGGAUCCCAAUCAGCAGCAGGGCCAGUUUUACUUGCACGAGCCGUCGCCGACGUCGCGACGCACCUGGGGCCAGCCGCAGCCCAUCAGCGCGGCACCUCUGCAGCCUUCCAUGGCGUACCGACCGGACGAUAUGCUCGGCUACGGUAUGCCGCAACAACAACAACAGCAACAACAACAACCCAGACGAGCCCAAUGGGGCACACCCCAACCGGUGAGAGCGAUGAUGAAUCACCACGGUUACAUGAUGAAUCCGAACCAGGGCAAUUACAUGGAUGCGCACGGACCUCCGCAGGGCUACGUCAUGCCGACGCCGCCCCGCCAUCCGAUGGACAAUCCGUACGAUGCGCAGCAUUACUACGCCAACGGGUCGCAAUUCAAUCAGCCAGAGCCGCAGGAUCCAUAUUUUUACAGUCCGGCGCGUACGCAGCAGCAACAGCAGCAGCAGCAGCAGCAACAGCCGCAGCCGCAUAUGAUGCAGCAACCCCCCCAGCAACAACAACAACAACAUCAGCAGCAUCAGCAGCAGCAGCAGCAGCAGCAACAACAACAACAACAACAAGCACCACAACAACAACAACAGCAACAGCAAUCUCAAUCACAUGUUUAUCAACAGGGUUACGGUGGCCCUCCAGCGGCCGGAUCGCCUCGAGGUUACAAUCAAUCGCCUCAGCAUAAUUAUCCGUCAGCGGCCGAUCAGAGGGCGCCGUUCCGGCUUCACGCUCCCGAGCCAGUGGCGGUCGAACCCGUCGUCAUGCGUGCCACGACGGCUGGCGUCCAGUCCAAGCAAAGCCAAGUGCCCGAAUUGCAUCGGGGAUCCGUCCAGCCGCAGCCGAAAGGGCCGCAGCCGGAGCAGCGCUGCCAAUCGCAGACGAUCACCAGGCCCGUUCCGGCCACGCGGACCAUGACGCCCGUUCGAAGUAGCGCGCCCAGCAACGGCGGACAGUCGUCGUCGUCGUCCACGUCGGCGGCCGGCUCUCCCGUCGGCAGUGGGGGCGUUUUUCACGCUGCCAUGCCAACGCCAUCUAUUGACGACAUGGAACCGCAAAACGUGUCGUUCAUCGAGACGCCAUCGGCGCUGGCCAGCGAAGGCACGGACGAAGGGGACCUCCAGCUUCCUCGCCGGCUGCGCAAUUUGAACAUCACCUCAGGCAACCGGACGUACAGGAUUCCGCACGAAGCGACCCAGUCUUCUCCGCCUCGUCCGGCGUUGUUGAAAACUUUCCGAGCCAGUCCCAACCCGUGCAGCAGCAGCAGCACCAGCAGCAGCAGCCCCGUCUCGCCUUCGCCGAGCAGCGCCUACCUGGCACCACAGGCCCAUUCGUCCGGCUCGGAAUCGCCCGACGAAGCGGCCGUGCUGGACGAGGGGGUCAAAACGGAGAAGCUGAAGGACAACAUCGAGGCCGAUCGGGGCUUCAUCAUCACGUUCGACGACGUGGCCACCGGCCCCAAAAGACCCAAACCUCAGCUGGGAUCGAAACGGCAACCCUCGCCGAAGAAGCUGUCCAACUACUCGGCGCCGCCCGAGACGCCCGUGUCUAGCUCGCCGGCCUACAAUCACAGCAGCAAGGCUGGAAGCAGUCGGGAAGGAAGUCCCCGACGGUCGUUGUCGUCGAUGGCCCGAGAAAACCGCGACGACUAUUCGCCCUUCACGCCCGAUUCGCGUGAUUCUGGAUUCGGACAAAACAGCCAAGAAGAGCUGAAGCUGUUCAAUAUGGCCACGGCCUUGCCCGGGACGUUGCCCGGAGGCGAUCGCAACCUGCGCGAUUACGAUUCGCAAGACGACGAAUCGGCCCCAACGGGCCUGGUCAUCGGUGACGAACUCGUCAAUCCCGAUCCGGAGGCGAUGGAUGAGAUGGAAAGAAAGAAGGAGAAGAUUCUGAUGCAGUCGUUGAGGCGCAAGCAGCAACAAGAAGAAGUCCGACAGCGCAAAGAGCAGGAAGCACUCCAGCGCAAGGAAGAGGAGCGUGCCAAGGAAGAAGAGAAACAGAGGAAAAAGGAGGAAGAGAAAGCUCGACGGGCCAUCAUUUUCGAACAAUACAAGAUCAAAAAAGCCAUGGAAGAAGCCGAAAAAGAGGGCCGUCCGUACGAGAUGCCGGAUCAGAUGGGCUCCAAAUCCGGGCCCAAGAUGAGGCCCAAGAGCAGCACGCCGUCCCGGCCGCGUCCCAAAACGAUUCACGUCGAAUCCGGCCCGUCGGAAGCGUACACGUCUCGCACCGUGUCCACCAUGGCCAGCAAGGGCAAACGAGGAUCGGGCAACAACCUAGCGGAAAAUCGAAAUGAUUCGCGAGGUGAUGGAGUCCGUGGAUCGAAUCCCGCCCUCAGCCGACGUGGUUCCAAUUCCAGUCUGCACGGAGACUCUCAGACCCCUAAUCGUUAUCGGACCAUGGAACGAGGACAUUCGGGCCGCAAGGAUCUAUCGGUCCCGAGAUAUCCACAAUCAGGAGGCAGCACUCGCAAUUCACGCGAGGAUUUGUACGGAUCCCGUAAUUAUCGCGGCUCUAAUUCGUCCCUCAAUGACGCCGACUCGUACGAAGCUUACCAUACACCGUUGGUGCAUUCCGGCCGGAAGGGUAGCGGUUUCAUGACAGGCGGUCGACAGGCGGAAGCGACCGUUAUGGCGGCAACCGCAGCGGCGGCCGCAAGGCCGGCCGUCCGCACUAGCAACAUGAUCUUGCGUCGUAGUGGCUCUCUCAUGGAUUUCAACGAUGGGGAUGCAGGUGUGGGCGGAAGAACGAAUCCGCCUUCACGGAGAAUCUCUCCGGCCGUCACGCCCACUUCCACCCCUUUUCGACGAUUUCCUUCGCCAUCUGGUCCUGGAUCCCUACCACCCGGUUUGGUUAGCAAGCGUCGCGGUUUCGACGAUGGCGCUAGUGAUAUUAGCUCAAAUCAAGAUUACAUAGGCCCUCGAUUGUACAAGCAGCCAGCGGCUCGCUCUAACCGUUCGAUUAUACUGAACGCGGUCGAAUAUUGCGUCUUUCCCGGCGUGGUGAAUCGCGAGGCCAAGCAGCGCGUCCUCGAGGAAAUCACGCGUUCGGAGAGCAAGAAUUUCCUCGUCCUGUUCCGCGACGGCGGGCUGACAUUCCGCGCCCUUUACUCAUUCAAUCCGGAGAAAGAAGAAAUUAUCAAGAUGUACGGCACCGGGCCUAAAGUGGUGAAUGACACCAUGUUCGAAAAAUUUUUCAAAUACAACUCUGGUGGCAAGUGUUUUUCUCAAGUCCAUACUAAACACUUGACAGUGACAAUUGACGCGUUCACAAUUCACGCCGGCCUUUGGCAAGGCAAGAAACAAAGCCUACCCAACAAAAAGGACAUGACGUUGGUCAUUUAAAAAGUAGCGAACAAAAUCGGGAAUUAAGAAAACAAAAACAGAUGAAACAAACCUGCGUGAAUAGAAAUUUUUUUUUUCUCUCUCUCUUGAAGAAGAAGAAGAAGAUGAUGAACCCAAAGUUCAUCUAAACGUUUCGUGAGCUGUUCGUAUUUGGCCUUUAGUUUUGACACGGACUUCAAAUUGAAAAAGGGACAUAAUCAGACCCAAACAUAAUCAAUCGGCGCUUUUCUUUUUUUUUUCUCUCUCUCUCUCUCUCUCUCUCGUCCGUAUUUUCCGUUUAUUUUUUUUUUUUUUCUUACAAUUGUUUGUUUGUUUUCGGCUAACCCCUCUCUGACAUUCCUAUUGGCUAACGUGAUAACCUCGCUGUAUAGGACUGCCAGAGUUGAAUUACCGUCACGUUCGGGAAAUAAAAAAAAAAUAAUGAUGAAAUAAUGUUUGUUUGUUCCCUUAUCUCCUUCCUCUUACUUUUGGUCUUUUUGCUCCAUUCAUUUUUUUAUUGCCCCCCCCCCCCCCCCGCCGCCGCCGCUCCGUCUCCUCCUUACUUCAUUAUGACCACUUGAAGAGAUUAACCCGCUUACCUGGCGACAUUCAAAAUAAAAAAAAAAGUCGAUCGUUUUUUUUUUUUAUUAUUAUCAUUUCAAAUUACCAAACUGAGUUUGUUUCAUCCCUGUACUCCUUUUUUUUAUUAUCAUAGUGUCACCCUCCCAUUUGUUUUUGUUUUUUUUUUGAAGAAGUAACCCUCCAGUCGCGAGCUCUCCUAUAACCGCGAUGCUAACUGAUUGUGUCAAUUGAUUAGUUAUUUUGCCCUCACAAAAAAACCCGCCCUCACAUUGAUCCAGUGCCGUCAUUUUUUUAAUUAUUAUUUUGAAAAGAAAAAAAAAAAGUAGAGCAAAUGGCAAUUUUUGUAAUCGAUUUUGCGUCAGUUCGUGUAGUGGAAAGCUGCGCAUUUGAUAAAGAGAAAAUGUAACAGCAAAAAGAGAAACAUUUUGAAAAACAAUUGAGAGAAAUAAAAGCGGCUGAGCAACGGAAGGUUGGGAUUGGAAGUGGAGGGACGUGUUUGCUGUCAACUGUAAAUAGAAGUUGUGUAGUUGUUAAGCGUUGGCCAGCAAAUCAACCGUCAAAACAUUACAGCUUUGAGCCAUCAUUUUUUUGUUUGUUUUUUUUUUAGUUCUUAUUUCUUUAUUUUGUCCUAUUUUAUUAUGUUGCAGUUCCCCCCCUUUUUUUUUUAAUAUUCCCCUUAUUUUGUUCUUAAUUUCCUCGCCACUUGUUCGCUCCAACCCUUCUUUGGCUGUUCCUCCUUCUUUUGUAGUUCACGCAUUUUCUUUUUUUUUUUUUUUUUUUCCUAUUAUUUUUUUAUAAAAAGUCUUUUCUAACGAACUUACCCGCCUGCCCGUCACGGGCUUUAUUCUCUUCCCUCUACAACAUGUGCAGCAGCUGCCAAGUUCAAUACAAUAU